CUGUUAUUCAUCCAUUUGCAGAGCACAUAGCAUACUUCUUGCUGUUUGCCAUACCAUUGUUCACAACUGUGUUAACAAGGACUGCUUCAAUAGUUUCAUUUGGUGGAUAUAUUACUUAUAUUGAUUUUAUGAACAACAUGGGCCAUUGCAACUUUGAGAUUAUUCCCAAGUGGAUGUUCUCCAGCUUCCCUCCUCUCAAAUACUUGAUGUAUACACCCUCGUACCAUUCGCUCCAUCACACUCAAUUUAGGACAAAUUACUCACUUUUCAUGCCAAUGUAUGAUUACAUCUACAAUACAUUGGACAAAUCUUCGGACAUGUUAUAUGAAAAAUCACUUGAAAGGCAAGGGCAGUUGCCAGACGUGGUGCAUUUAACACAUCUAACAACCCCAGAAUCCAUUUACCAUCUCAGGCUAGGAAUUUCUUCUUUUGCCUCAGAACCCUACACCUCUAAGUGGUAUUUCUGGUUAAUGUGGCCUGUCACAUUGUGGUCUAUGAUCGUCACUUGGAUUUAUGGUAACACAUUUACGGUUGAGAGAAAUUUGUUCAAGAAUCUCAAUUUGCAAACUUGGGCAAUUCCCAAAUAUCGCGUACAAUACGUCAUGCAAUGGCAAAGAGAGACAAUUAAUAACUUGAUUGAAGAAGCUAUCAUGGAAGCAGACCAAAAAGGCAUAAAAGUUUUGAGCCUUGGACUCUUAAAUCAGGAUGAGAAACUGAAUAACAAUGGGGAGCUUUACAUAAAAAGAAACCCUCAAAUAAAAGUGAAGGUGGUGGAUGGAAGUAGCCUAGCUGUUGCUGUGGUCCUAAACUCAAUUCCCAAAGGAACCACCCAAGUGGUCCUUGGAGGCCAUUUGUCCAAAGUUGCUAAUGCCAUUGCCCUUGCAUUAUGCCAAGGAGGAGAAAAGGUCAUGACAUUGCGAGAAGAAGAGUACAAGAAGCUCAAAUCAAAUCUUUCUCCUGAAGCUGCAACUAAUUUGGUUCCCUCAAAAAAUUACGCUUCAAAGAUAUGGCUAGUAGGGGACGGAUUGAGUGAAGACGAACAAUUGAAAGCACCAAAAGGAACAUUGUUCAUUCCAUUUUCACAAUUCCCACCAAGGAAAGUUCGCAAGGAUUGCUUCUACCUUCACACUCCAGCAAUGGUUACUCCGAAACACUUUGAAAAUGUGGAUUCUUGUGAGAAUUGGCUGCCAAGAAGAGUGAUGAGCGCUUGGCGUGUAGCUGGAAUUCUUCACGCACUUGAAGAUUGGCAAGAGCAUGAGUGCGGGAGCAUGAUGUUUGACAUCGAGAAAGUAUGGAAAGCAAGUCUUGAUCAUGGUUUUCAGCCGAUAACUAUUGCUUCUGCUUUUGAAUCAAAGGCUUAAUUUGAUCUUCCACGAUUUAUCCUGUGUGUGGCUGGCUUACCAACUUGAUAUAUGCAAUAAUAUUGUUCUUAUUAUGUAAUACCUUUAAGAAUUUCUUCUUUUGUUCUCUGGAUGUCAGAUUUUGUUACUUUUAUUAUAUAAGAUCCAAACUUUUCCGUUGAAAGUUUGGCUUAAUAUUAUCAA